AUGGCUUCGUCCGUGGAGAAGUUCGAAGGCAAGGAGGAGAUCCAAGUCGAGCACCAGGCUGUAGACACCAAAGAGAUCAGCGGAUUUGUGUACGAGGAUCCGAAGACAGCGCCCAAGAAGUCUCGAGCAGAGCGCAAGCUGUUGCUCAAAGCCGAUCUGUUGAUCGUGGGCCUGACCUCGUUGGUCUUCCUGGUGAAUCAGUGGGAUCGAGGAAACAUUGGCAAUGCCCGGGUUAUGGGAUUCCAAAAGGACUUGAAUAUCAGCAAUGGCCAGUUCUACGAUGCCAUCUCCCUCUACUAUGUCGGUUACAUCCUCUCCAUUCUGCCCGCGAGUUUGUCGGUCCGUUUCUUCAAACCUCACCGACAGAUCGGCGGCUGUGUCAUUCUCUUCGCCACUCUCUCCUGCUGCAUGGCCGCCGCUAAAAACGCCGGCACCGUCCUGGCCUUGCGGAUCAUCUUCGGAUUCGCCUCGGCCUUCCUUCAAGCCUUGACGCUAUAUAUUACCAUGUGGUACAAACGGAACGAAAUGGCAACACGAACUGGUAUCUUCUAUUCCGCCGCCACCAUUGCGGGCGGCUUCAGCGGGCUGAUCGCCUACGCGAUCCAAAAGAAUCUGGAUGGUGCCCUCGGCAAACCCUCUUGGUACUGGCUAUACAUCAUCGAAGGCGUCGCUGGCAUCUUCGUCGGUCUAGCUUGCUGGAUUCUGUUGCCACCAGCUCCAGACCAGCUAAAGAAAAAGCACUGGAUCUUCCGCGACAAUGAAAUCGACCUGGCCAUCAGCCGCAUGAAGACGUACAAUGUCGAACACGCAGGGCUCAAGUGGAAGCAGAUUUGGAUUGCCCUCAAAGAUCCCAAAACAGUUCCUUUCUGGUUCAUAAGUGCUGGCAUUUCUCUGGCACUGGCUUCCAUCAGUGCCUUCUUGCCCAGCUUCAUAGCCGAGUUUGGUUACUCUGCCGUCCAAACGCAACUCUUUUCGAUCAUCCCAUAUGCCUGCGCAUUCGUCACGUUGAUUGUGGUGAACAUUGCCUCCGAUCGGCUCCACCUCAAAGGGGUUUUCCUUAUCGGCCUCCUGUGCACUAGCAUCGUAGGAUACAUUAUCCUGAUCACGGUGCACAAUGUCAAGGUCAAGAUAUUCGCAACAUGCCUGAUUACCAUGGGCACUUUCCCCGGAGUGACGCUCAUGGGGGCUUGGAUGACCAUCAACACGGGUGGCUUCACCAAGCGCGCCACUACCUGGGGCACGGCUGAGAUUGUCGGCCAGUGCUUCGCCAUACUUGGGUCGCACAUCUAUACAGAUCCUCCGCAAUACAUCAAGGGCCACUCGAUCGCACUGGCCAUUGAUGUCGUCGCGCUGAUGUCGGCUGUGUUCUGCUGGUUCUGGAUGCGGUCGCUCAACAACAAGAGGGACCAGGAGGCGCUCGAACACGCGGCGGCGGGGACGACAGACCCCAACCUUCACAAGACGCUUGAGGACGUCCAGGACUAUCACCCUUCCUUCCGAUACAUCCUGUAG